GAGACACCAAUAAAAAAAUUGUCAGAUUGUUCAUCUAAAAUCUUUAUUUAAAUAUUAAAGUAUAAUUUAUUUGUUGAUAAAGUCGAUUAGUUACGUGCUUUCUAUUCUUUAGACGACAGUAAUAAAGCAUCAGACUUUUACUUAGCGGUAUUGCCAAUUCAAAUUAUUGUCCAAGUUAAACAACUUUGACAAUUUCAAUUUUUUUACGAAGACUUGACGCAACUCCGACGAAAAUGUAAACAUCAAAAUGAUAUUUUUGUUGAAUAGAUUAUCGUAUAAUAAUAAACGAUAUUUUAGGCGGUAAAAGCAAUGAAACGUAGAACCUUUAAUAGUAAGCAGUAGUAUAAGUGGACAUUAGUCAGCCAGCUAUAGGUAAACUUGGUUCUUUAGCAUUCACCUUGUAUAUAUAUACAUAUCCACGAUCCUCAUCUUUGCGUUAGAAAUAUGGUUCAAGACUAUAUGUGGAAAGCAAUCGAUGAAGGCAUUGUAUUAAUGUAGAAAUCGAAAAAUAAAAAAUUACAACGAGUGAUUGCAGCUCAAAAAAAGAAAUUUGUUUUAUUGAAAAUCUGUCCGAUAGGAAAAAUAAAAAGGAACAGAAAAUAAAACGUUGACGUGUGACGCUUUCAUUGGGGAAAAAAAAGUAUGUGUGGGAGAAUGGGGCUGGAAAAGUAGAGUGGACAUUCAUAGAAUGAGAGAAAAGAGUAGGUCAGAGAGAUAGGAGAAAGGAUAGGAUGCUAGUACGCGCAUUUCGCGCAUUUCGCGCAUUUCGCGCAUGUCACUAUGGAGGAGAGAAAGAUAGAGAGGACUUUCCGUAUGAGUAGGCGGCUGAACACGAUCAGACUAGGGAGGAAAUAUCUCUAGGAAAGAGUGUGACAUUUCAAAUCUUGAAUACUUUGCUGCCACGUAGCCUACUACAGAUGUGGAAGUUUAAUACAUGGACAGAGAGAGAGAGAGAGAGAGAUUGAGAGAGAGAGAGAGAGAAAGAGAAAGAGAGAGAGAGAGAGAGAGAAUGGGAGAGAGAGGAAGAGGGAGGGAGGGAGGGAGAGAGAGAGGGCCGAGAGAGAGCGAGGGAACAAGGGAGCAAUUCACUGACUCAGCGGAAGAUUCCAUACAAAGCGAUUCAAAAACCUGCGGUAAUAUUUUAGUGGUAUUAUCUUGGAUUUUGGUGAUCAUGACUAUGCCAUUCUCUCUCUUCGUUUGCUUUAAGGUAGUACAAGAAUACGAAAGGGCGGUUAUAUUUCGAUUAGGCCGUCUUCUAUCUGGCGGUGCUAAAGGUCCUGGAAUUUUCUUCAUUCUACCAUGCGUGGACAAUUAUGCUCGAGUCGAUCUUCGAACGAGAACAUAUGAUGUUCCACCGCAAGAGGUAUUAACAAAGGAUAGCGUUACCGUGUCCGUGGAUGCAGUCGUUUAUUAUCGUGUUAAUAAUGCCACUAUUUCUAUUGCCAACGUUGAAAAUGCACAUCAUAGUACGAGACUUCUUGCUCAAACGACGCUUCGAAAUACUAUGGGCACAAGGCCACUACAUGAGAUACUUAGCGAGCGUGAAACUAUUUCUGGUAACAUGCAGAUUUCCUUGGAUGAAGCUACCGAUACAUGGGGCAUAAAAGUCGAACGAGUCGAAAUUAAAGACGUACGGCUACCUGUUCAAUUGCAACGAGCUAUGGCAGCAGAAGCAGAGGCAGCUCGUGAAGCUCGUGCAAAGGUAAUCGCUGCCGAAGGUGAGCAAAAGGCAAGUAGGGCGUUAAGAGAGGCAUCGGAGGUAAUCGGAGAUUCUCCUGCAGCAUUGCAACUACGUUAUCUUCAGACCCUUAACACCAUCUCAGCUGAAAAGAAUUCGACGAUCGUAUUUCCAUUGCCCAUUGACAUGCUUACGUACUUUAUGAAAGCAAGAGAAAUGUCUUAAUUUUAUAUAUUAUUCAAAUGAUAUACAUAUAUUCAAUAUGUACCAAAAAGUUGGUAAGGAUUGGAAAUUGUGAGAAGAUCGAUCAAGUAUGUGGUGAUCGUAUCUCUUAUGUGUGUACGUAUUCGUUACGUUAUCAAGACUUGAAUCUGACCAAGAAGAGGAGAGUUGCUAAUGGUAGACCAAAUUUCAACGUUUAUUAUUAAAUUAGACAGGCCAUAAGAUUAAUGUUCUUGUUGAAACAAAGAACAUUUCGCGGUAUAUAUAUAUAUAUAUAUAUAUAUAUAUAUAUAUAUAUAUAUAUAUAUAUAUAUAUAUAUAUAUAUAUAGAAUUAUCUAUACCGAAACAUUUAAAAAACAUUCAUCGAUAUUUUUGGAUGAUCUUAUAAUAACAUCACUGCUCUAUUUACAAACUAAUAUAAAGUAUUUACGCAAUACUUUGAUAAUACUUUAAAUCAAAAAUCGCAUCAUAAGCAAAUAGAACAUCGAAGAACAUGAAUUAGGGUGAGUACAUAAUAUAUUACAUAGGUAUAUUCGACGUAGAAUAAAGAAGGAAACAAAAUUUAAUAUCUAGUUUUUAAUACUGUAAGUUUACGUUUUCACGUAAAUCAUGAUUAAUUUGAUAAAAAAAAUAAAAAAAGAAUUUCACACUGCCAAUCACAGUAAUACGUACACGACCGUUCCAUAAUUCCAUAUUUCGAUAAGAGAAAAUUAUUAAUUUUGCAAAAUAUACAAUUUUGCGAGAUAAUGGAAUGACGAAUCUUCGUAAAAUUUACAAACUACAAACAAGAAUACUGAUCUAUCUGAUACGAACCUAAAGAAUUUUAAGAUUAGACAAGUAUUUAUAUAUUAUAUAAUAGAACUUCUAAUAUACGAACUAAUACAGAUAUCCAGAUGUUCAGAUGAAAAAAUUGUCAUGAAAAGACAAAGAAAAAAAAAAAAAUAAUUUAUACUAAAAUAUAAGAAAUUAUCUAUUUCUGUUUGGAUUUUUAUAAUCGUCUAAAAUACCUAAAUUAUUUAUUACGUUUAACCUUAUAAAUAUGUAAUUUCUUCUUACCAAUAAAUCGAAUUUUGAUCGUGAUAGAACAAAAGGAACACUACGUGGAAUAUAUCUGCUUUGAUAGUUCAAAUAAUGAAGGUUUUACCGUAAAUCGCCUAUUAAUUUUUAUGGCACUAAAAUAAUAGAACUGAAAAAUUUAUCUCUAUGUCGAAUCGUUUUUACAAUGAAAGAGAAGAUUGAACAGCAAAGCAUAGAAGCGUCGUUUAAAUAUUUAAUCCAAAUAUAACGGCCUGUAACGAUAAAUGGUUUAGCAUCGGCAACUCUCUCUUUCUCUCUCUCUCUCUCUCUCUCUCUCUCUCUCUUUCUCUCUCUCUCUCUUUUUCUCUCUCUCUCUUAUUCUUUCUCUUUCUCUUUUUCUCUUCCUUUCCGGCAAUUGCCUUACGUAUGGUGCUUAUUAAAGGUCUUUCUCUUGGUUAGAAGUUUAAAUAAUAAUUAAUAAGUUUGAAUGUUUGUACUUGAACGAUUUUUACUCAAAUUUUUACUAAAGCUCUUACGAUCGGCUAAACAAAAAUUUAAAAAUAUUUUAUAUUACGAUCAGAUGUGUCAAACUUUUGAUAUUCAACAAAUCGUACCAUCAUGAUUUGUCAUUUAAAAUUUGAAAACAAUUGACACUGAUAUGAUGUUAUAAGAAAUAUAAGUACAUUUCUAUUUUAAUAAUAACCCAUUCAGUAAAGACUGUCGAUCGUAUUAAUUUUCAUCUCACUUUCUUAUUUUUAUUCAAUUCACGAUUGUGAUAUGAAAGAUAUGUUAAUUAGCAAUUUAAAUUACUCCUCACAGUCAAUUAAAAUGAUACAUGCCUAAAUCUUGUAAUUUCCAUAACAGUUAUUUUAAAUCUCUUUUGUUAAAAAGAGAUUCUUCAAUCAAGAAAAUUACGAAGUAUCCAACCUAUUGAUCUUCACGUUCUAACAUUAUUUAUUUCUGAUUUAUUUAUUUCCGAUUUAUUUAUUUUCGAUUUAUUUAUUUCCGAUGAUUGUCUUUAUUUUAUAGGAAAUGUUACGAUUUAUAAAGAAUAUUAUAAUGAAAUUAAUAUCAUGAUCGCACUUGCUCGCACAUACUUCUAAUAGUUUUAAUUUACUUUCUUAAUAUUUGCGAUUCUUUUUUUUUAUGUUAUUGAAAUUUUCGAUCUUUUAGUAUUAAAAAAUAAACCUACCUAAUAUAUAUACUAUAAAUAUAUACAAUAUACAUACACGAGGGUAUUUAUGCAUUUUUUUAUUGACGAAUUUUAACUUUGACGAAAAGAAAAACUUUGAAAUUAUCUAGAUUAAUUAAUUUUCAUAAUAAUUAUUAAAUUUUGAUGGAACAGAAGACGAGGCGAGAUUACUGCAAGAUCAUUAAUACAUAAACAAUAUAAAAUGACGCUUUAAUUGACUGCUAGGAAAAUUGAUUUAUUUCUAAAUACAUUAAGUACAUUAAUAAGGAGAGAACGACACGAAUUGUAUUAUCUGAUAUUAAGCUAAAACUAAUUCUCUAUUUCUUGUUAACAUUGUUUAUGAAAUAUUAAUGUUUAAUCUAUGGUAUUUUAUGUAUAUAUAUAUAUAUGUAUUUAUGAUAUAUAUAUCAACGUGUUAUUGUGUGAAAAUAUAUCUAAAGAGUGCACUACUGUCGUAUGUUACACAUGUAUUUAUGAUUGAAUCGCAUGAUUGGCUGAUUGAUUUUUUCUUUAGGUGAUAGGUGUUAUCGAAAAAUCAAAAAUCAAAAGUGUACGCGUAAUCAAAUAAAAAUUAAUGUUUGAAAAUGUACAAGCGUAAUUCGAACAAGUGUUUAUUAUGUAUACUUGCAGAAGAAGAUACAAUACUCGCGAGAUCCUAUUUUUUAAUCGGAUUAACAUCGUCCUAAUAUUAAAUAAGAAAACAUGUAAAACAGUUGGAAAGAUCUUUAAAUAAAAUAUGGGCUCGUAAGAUUUGAA